AUGUCUACUGAUUACGUUAUUAAACCAGAAUCUGUUGAGCCAUCUUCAGACACUAGUGAAUGGCCAUUACUAUUGAAAAAUUAUGAUAAACUAUUAGUUAGAAGUGGUCAUUAUACUCCAAUUCCAGCUGGUGCUUCUCCAUUGAAGAGAGAUUUGAAAUCUUAUGUUAGUUCUGGUGUUAUUAACUUGGAUAAACCAUCUAAUCCUUCUUCCCAUGAAGUUGUUGCUUGGAUCAAACGUAUUUUACGUUGUGAAAAGACCGGUCAUUCUGGUACUUUAGAUCCAAAGGUUACCGGUUGUUUGAUUGUUUGUGUUGAUAGAGCCACUAGAUUAGUCAAGUCCCAACAAGGUGCUGGUAAAGAGUAUGUGUGUAUUGUUAGAUUACAUGAUGCUUUAAAGGACGAAAAAGAUUUGGGUCGUUCUUUAGAAAACUUAACUGGUGCUUUAUUCCAAAGACCACCAUUGAUCUCUGCUGUUAAGCGUCAAUUACGUGUUCGUACUAUCUAUGACUCUAACUUGAUUGAAUUUGACAAUAAGAGAAACUUGGGUGUCUUCUGGGCUUCUUGUGAAGCUGGUACUUAUAUGCGUACUUUAUGUGUUCAUUUAGGUAUGUUAUUAGGUGUCGGUGGUCAUAUGCAAGAAUUGCGUCGUGUUAGAUCUGGUGCCUUGGGUGAAAACGACAACAUGGUCACUUUGCAUGAUGUUAUGGAUGCUCAAUGGGUUUACGAUAACACCAGAGAUGAAUCUUACUUGAGAAAAAUUAUUCAACCAUUAGAAACUUUAUUGGUUGGUUACAAAAGAAUUGUUGUCAAGGAUUCUGCCGUCAACGCUGUAUGUUACGGUGCUAAAUUGAUGAUUCCAGGUUUAUUACGUUACGAAGAAGGUAUUGAAUUAUACGAUGAAGUCGUCUUAAUUACCACCAAGGGUGAAGCUAUUGCCGUCGCUAUUGCUCAAAUGUCUACCGUAGAUUUAGCUACUUGUGACCACGGUGUUGUCGCUAAGGUCAAGAGAUGUAUCAUGGAAAGAGAUUUAUACCCAAGAAGAUGGGGUUUGGGUCCAAUUGCUCAAAAGAAGAAGCAAAUGAAGGCCGAUGGUAAAUUAGAUAAAUACGGUCGUGUUAAUGAAAACACACCAUCUGAGUGGAAGAAAGAAUACGUUCCAUUAGACAAUGCUGAACCAACUGCCGCUCCUUUGAUCAAAGAAGUUGAAGUUGAAGAAAAGACUGUCGAAGAAAAGACUAUCGAAAAAUCAGAAGAAAAGGAAGAAAAGGAAGAUAAGAAGGAAAAGAAGGAAAAGAAGGACAAGAAGGACAAGAAAGAGAAGAAGGAAAAGAAAGAAAAGAAAGAAAAGAAGAGAAAGUCUGAGGAUGAUGGUGAAUCUGAAAAGAAGAAGAAGAAGAAGAAAUCUGAAUGA